AUGCUGAGUGUAUCUCCAACAGCUACUAUCCUGUUCAUCUAUACCAGAACUUAUCGCAUUGCUCGUAGACAACCGGCUAUCUUUCAGAAAGAGGUGCCAUUGAAAUGCUUGGCUCUUAUUUGUACAGCGUUCCAUUGUGUCUUCCAAGGCCUCGCAAAACAUGGCAAUAGCAAGUACUAUCCCAAAUUUUCCACCAAGGAGUAUGGGUUGGUCUAUAAAUCAAUGCUCAAGCUACUCAAGGAGGUCAAGGCUGACCCUUAUCACAGUCCCAAGCCGAGGCGGAAGCUUCGUGCAUGGGCUCAAGCUGGAUGGGCGGAGGCAUCAAAACUCGACGGCAUCAACACAUUGAAGCACCACCACCUAUGUGUGCAGCUCGAUUGA